AAAGGGAGUCCAGGAAUCUAUUAAUAAGACAGACUCAAAUGGAUAGAAAAAAAAACAAACGCAGUUCUAAAACAAGAAAAAGGCUUCCAGGGAAUUUCACAAUUGAUCUGUAUACAAGUAUAUAUAUUUUGCGCUUGCUACGUAGAAUCAUAAUUCAAGUUGUAUCUUCGCAGAAGCUGCGAAAUUAAUUUUACAAUAUUUUAUCGCAAAAUGACUGAAAGCUGCACUUACUCAGUAUAUUGGCCUUUACUUGAGGGUACAAAAAAAAGACGGAACCAAGCGCUACUCGUACAGAGCCUCAUUUGGACUCGUACCUCGAGAAGGAGAGAACAUGGUCGUUUUCAAGGGCAAGGCCUUCAGCUACCAGGAUGUUUAUGCGAGGCCUGUUGUGGUGAAGGGUUUUAGAUAUUACUGUGGAAACACACAGGACUGUAAGAUGUAUGCGUUAUGCAGCGAACAAGGUCGGAAUGUUGCGGAACGGUUUAACAAACUUCUAGAUAAAACUUCAUGCAAGAUACGUUUUGUUGUGCCAGCUGUUACAGAAAUUGAUCAAAGAGCAACUUUAACCCACAAGAAGAAGUGGGAGAAAGAAGAAGCGGUGGUGUUUGAAGAAAAGCUUAAAGGGGUAUUUACUACAUUUAUUGACAAAAGGUGCAACACGUCCGCAAAUUGUGAUUUAAUUUUGGAGGCUUUUUGCCAUUUUUCGUUACACGCAUCCGGAGGGAGUUUUGUCAUUUGUGGUCUCAAAGGCGUUCAGACAAAGGACACAUCUGAAUUUAUUCUUACUAAUCCGACCAUACAUUCACGGGAGGGUAGAUUUGGCCCAAAAGACAAACGAGACGCUGGAAUUCAAGACUUCAGUAAUAAUCAUACAUGUAAUGAGUUCUGUCGCAUGUUUAUGAAUAAAUCAUCUUUUGAAUUCGACAAAGCAUCUGACGAGUGUUGAAUUGACUUGCUGUAGGUUCACACUCGAGUAACAGGAUGGCAAUAAAGUUUUCCGAAAGGGAGAUUCUUUAUCCUGCCGUAGAAGGUAGCCAGCGCAAAUGGUCAUGGUAAAGAGACAUAUUGUUCGUAUCGAAGAACACACGGUAUAUGGAGACACUGUAUUUUUUACAGUAGAGCUCAUAGUACAAGGAAACCCUUGGGUUCAAAAGGUACUACCAAGAACAUUGACAUUUACGUACCCUCGGUAGCGUUCCAGCUGCUGUAAACUCAAAUAUGUUGUGGCUUCCGUAAGUACGAGUUGUGUUGACAAUUUGGAGGAGCGAAACUGAUCGAAUCAUAAUGGCGUCUUAACGAUUGUAAAAAGACGGUACAGAUAUUUGGUGUAGUGACUGAUUUAAGAAUGAAAGGAUCUUCUUUCCAGAAGAUGUAAUGUUACAAGAAGACGGAUUCGAAGCUAACUGUCUUGAGUCGCCCUCCUGCGAGUCCUGUCGUCGCGAGAUCAAUUUCUGGUGGUCGUACUAGUGUAUAUCUCAAACAACAGUACCUUACGUCUCAAAAAUAUCUCCUGUACAUUUUGGAAACCGACAGUGUCUCAGUUUAACUCAAAUACUAGCAAAUAUGGCAUUGAAAAUUAAAUGAAUAGUGGACAUUUGAUCGAAUUUUAAAAGAGGACUUUUGAUAAAAAACACAAAGUCAUAAUAAAUUUUCAGCACGCCAAAAUGAGUUAAACUAAAUAAUACAACAGCAUUAUAUUUAUCUAGUAUCGCUUCCAUCCCACUGUAUAUAUGCAUAUGCAAAAACUUUAGUGAUGAAGCAUGAUGAUAUACAGUAAGCAAUACCAAGUUAAUAAAAAUGAAAAGUCAAAUGUGAAGAUAGAAACCUAUAUUUGUUUUAUAAAUAGCAACCAUAUUUUAGAUUAUAAAAUAAAAUGACAAUUCA